AUGGACUAUCCAAGGGAUUGUUUUGAGAUUUUUCAGCACUCCAAAGGAAAUUCCAGGGAUGGUCUUUAUAUCAUCCAACCAAAGGAGGACCCAAUUGUUGUCUUUUGUAACAUGCAGGAUGGUGGCUGGACAGUAAUCCAACACAUUACAGCCAACAGUACUGUUGACUUCGAUAGGACCUGGGAGGACUACAAAUAUGGAUUUGGCUCCGUUCAUGACAACCACUGGUUAGGAAAUGAAUAUAUGCAUCAGUUAACCAGCAGCUCUGUGCAAUAUAUGCUUGGAGUUAAACUUGUAAACAUAAACACUGAAAUCAAAUGGGGACAGUAUGAACCAUUCCUUAUUGAAGGUGAAGAGUCUCAAUACCGAAUCAGGGUUGGUCUAUACAGAGGCAAUGCCACGGAUGCACUGACCCUGGACACAGAAGCUUAUCUCCAUGACAACCAGAAGUUCACCACCAAGGACAGAGACAAUGACAAUUACUUUCUGAAUUGCGCUAAACUGGAACUCAAUGGCACUCCUGGGGGAGGCUGGUGGUACGACGCAUGUGCUGGAGCAAAUCUAAACCGUAGGAAUGUGAUAUACUGGCAAAAAGACUGCAACAAGCAACGCUUGUGCAAGUAUGCAUGGAUGAUGAUCAAACCCAUUGAAAACCACCUGCCAUAUCAAACCAAGUCCUGCCCAUGUCAGAAAGUUGAACUGUAG